AGAGGAGAGUCGAGGUCAGUGAAGGUCAGGAGUCAGUCUGUCUCUCCUUCAGUAGCUCUUAUACCUGAGGGUCUAAAGUAUUAUUUCAAAUCCAGCCAACUUCCUUCCCUAUUUCUGUCCUUAUUAGUACUGGCUCACAACUCCUGCAGCUCUUACUGUAUGUAGCACGCUUUGUUUUUACUACUUCAACAAUACAGUCAAACUCUCUGAUUUCAUCCUUAAAAUGUAUUAAUCAUGCUGGUGCACAUGUUAAAGGCCUUAUGGUUAAGACAUAAGACAGCUUUACUCAUUUAUAUUAAUCUGUUUUUAUUGUUAUUAUUUUUCUUUGUAUGUGUUUCUGUGCUUGCCCGGUCCUGUUUCCUGCAGGCCUUGAAUACACAGAAUGAGCAGCUACUGGAGGAGCAGAGAGCUGAAAGGAGGAGGAGUAAAGAGGAGGCGCUUCAGUGGCACAGAGAAAAGAGCAAAAUGCUGGAGCUGUUCUCCACCAGGCUGGAUGUCCUGCACAGCCACCAGGCCUCCACACUACAGGAGCUGCAAAUGGCCAGACAGGAAGUAGGACAAAUCCAAGAAAUGUUGAUGGCAUCGUCCCAGGAGCAGCAGGAAGCUGCUGAGGAAGGUGAAAGGACAGAGAACAAAGCACUUUCAGCUCAGCAACAGACUGUGGCUUGCAAUGACUCAGACCGGCCACUGGAGGGAGCUAAAGCCCGCCUGGAGGAGCUGAAGGAGAGUCUGUAUCAGAGGGAGAGAGAGAUCACUGAGCUGCUAGAGGCCAAGAGGAGCCCCGUACCCCCCGUGCCCCAGCCCCCCUGCAGCGUGCUGCUCCCCACUGUCAUACACAAGGCUCAUGCUAUCUGCAGUGCAGUGCCUGAGAGCAGAGCUCUUUUGGACCUGAUGAUUGAGGAGAAUCUAGUCGCUUUGGUCGAAGCCAGAGACAAACUGGAGCGUGAGCAGAUGGCUAAAGAAGACAGUAAUAACAAAAAAGAUAAGAACAACGACCAAGAGGGAAUUGAUGAAACAGAGUCAAGUUUGUCCUUACUACAAGAAACAGUGAGGGGCUUUGAGGUGUCUUAUCUGGCUUUGGACUGCAUUAAAACCGGGGAAAGCUCUUUAAUAAAUGACUGUGAUGUGGUGGCUGAGCUGGAGGACAUCUUGGGACAAGGGACAAUCCGAACCACAGAGGGAGUGAAGAGCGUUGGUCAGCAGCUUCUCCUGCUGCAGGAUCAGCUUAAGCAAGUUAAAGAUGAGAAAAAGAAAAUAAUUGACAACUACACUUCAGAAAGGACAAUGAGGAAGAAGUACUACAAUAUGGUGGAAGACUUGAAAGGUAAAAUCAGAGUGUUUUGCCGGAUUCGACCACUGAAUAGAACUGAGGAUGCUCAGGGUGGAGCCAUCGCUGUGGAGAAAAUAGAUGACUUCUCUGUCAGUGUGGAAACUCCUAGAGGGCCGAGAGAGUUUCAAUUCGACAAGGUGUUCACUGCUGAAGCCUCUCAGGAAGACCUGUUUCAGGACACCAACAGGUUAAUCCAGUCGGCCAUUGAUGGAUACAACGUCUGUAUCUUUGCCUAUGGCCAGACUGGCUCAGGAAAGACCUUCACCAUGGUGGGGGACAAGGACCAGAAGAACCCCGGGAUCAUGCCGAGAUCUUUUAACGCCAUCUUUGAUAUCAUACGGGAGAGCAGCACCAAAUUUGAUUUUAAGGUCUCGGCCUACAUGCUCGAGUUGUACAACGACCGGCUGCAGGACCUCUUUGUGAGCCUGGCUGGUGAGGCCCAUGCACAGCCUCCGUCCCAUGGCCAGGUCAGGCGGGUGGAGAUCAAGAGGAACAGAAAGGGGGUUGUGUUCGCCCAAGGAGCAGAGACAAAAGAGGCCUCUAGUGCCCAGGAGCUCUACGCUCUGUUCCAGCAGGCCUGCGCCAACAGACACAUCUCUGCCACCAAGAUGAAUGUGGAGAGUUCCCGCUCCCAUCUCAUUGUGUGCAUCAUGGUGGAGAGCAGGAAUCUGACCAAUGGCAGCGUGAGCACCGGGAAGCUGAGCCUUGUGGACCUGGCGGGCAGUGAGAGAGCAGCCAAGACCGGUGCAAAAGACCACCAGCUAAAGGAAGCUAACUCCAUUAACAAAUCUCUGAGUGCCCUGGGUGAUGUGAUCUCAGCCCUGUCUGCAGAACUGCCUCACGUACCAUACAGGAAUAGCAAGCUGACACAGGUGAUGCAGGACUCCCUGGGUGGAAAUGCCAAAACCCUCAUGAUCGUCAACAUCUCUCCUUCAGAGUGCAACCUUGAAGAGACGCUCACAUCUCUGGUUUAUGCAACCAGAGUGAAGGCCAUAACCAACAAUGCUCAGAGACAUGUGGAGAGCAAAGAGAUUGCCCAGCUGAAAGAGGUCAUCAUGAGGCUGAGGUCAGGACAGACAGUGGAAGACGAGGAUGUUUGAACCAUUCAAACCCCCAAAAAACUAUAUGAUUUUUUAAUAUUGAGUAAUCGGAAUGUGAGAAACAUAUUACAAAGAUGUUUUUCUCAUUAAUGUUGUAUUUUUACUUGAAACAUUGGCUCAACAUUUCCCGUGGAAAGUACAUUAUAAGGCAUGAUUGGUUUUAAUACAAAGUGCAUUUUCUUUUCCUUUGAUUGAUAUUAGAAAAAUUAUAAAACAGAUAUUGAAAUUUGGUUUACUGCCUGGCUCUCUUCUUCCUUAUCUCCUGACAGCUCAAUGUCUGCCCAAAAUGUCUGCCAAACUUUGUUUCCUUUUUAAAAUGAGGAAAAGAAAUCCCGUUAACAACAUAUCAGAACUUAUUGCAAUAUACGUUUUCUGCAAUUCCCGCCAUUUUGAUAAGAUACAACAUGUGCCUAAUUGGCUACACACCCAUAAGUGUUACAUCACUAAUAAGCCCAGGGUGUGCAUUUUACCGUAUGAUGUUAAAAAUGAAGGCAUCAGUGUUCCCCAUGGAGGGGACAAUUGAAUUUUUGAGACUAUUGUGUACAAUAGAAUAGUAGAGAGUGUUUACCAUUUCUUUGGUGGCCUGUCUUUUUUUGUUUGAGAUACGCUUGCUAAUUAACUACUUUAUUUAUUUACCAUGUUUUCUUUUUUAAUUCACUUAAUUUUUCGCAUGAGGGAUGGCUGACAUCACUCUAGAUGCAUUCAGGGGAUUGCGUGCAGUUGGUUAAUGUGUGCUUCCUGCCUGGCUCUAUAGAAUGAGGCCCCUACUAUACAGGGCCCCACGUGUAACUGAAGAGGCAAAUUGGAAGUCAGUCGGUUAUCCAGUUUGCACUCCUAUUGUAUGAAGGAAAUGGCAAGGAGUUUGUAGCCCAUUAGUGAGGUUAAGUUUCAGGGGCCCAUGACCUGUUCCUAUAACGUUACGGGUCAGAUCCCAUGGCUGGAAAUGCACACUCUCAGACACGCAAAGGCUCGGUCCUGUUGUUUUCAGAUAGGCAGCAGGUUCACUAAAAUGGUGACAUGGCAGAAAGUACAGACAAAUGUUCCAGAGUGAAGUGGGAAAAUAGCAGCUUUUAUCAUUUGUAAGCUAAUGGGCCAGUAAAGCUUUUUGAAUUGAAUUGCUACUGUUUUAAAGCAUAUGAGUUAGUUAGAAAUGUAUUCUACAUUGGCUUGUUUUUUGUCUUUCUAUUGACCUUGGCUCAGGCGAACACACCGUCACAACAUGCGCAGCUUAAAACAGAAAGCAUGUGAGCCAUGGUGGCAUGACAAGAGUUUCUAUAAGAAGACCGCCUUUUGUCCUCCCAAUCUUAAUUGUUCAGCAUUUUUCAUCUAUACCACAGGCCUCACAGGUUCUCCCAUUGUCACGUCACAUUAGAGCCAUGACUCCCCAGCAUUGCGUGCUGUGUGUUGUUAGCUGCUUUAGAUCAGCGGCCACUCAGCAUAUGUUCCCUGUGAUUUGUUAUUCUUUAAUGAUGGCCAUAGUUUGAAUCCUACUGUGAGCUCUGCGGACUAAAACAAAGUGAAAGACAAAGAGGCAGAGUGUACAUAGAGAGGGAACAGGGUUGAUGAGGGGGCCGAGGUCUGAUCCUCUGGAUGUGUUUUGUUAAUUAAUUGACACAAACCAAUUAACCAGUAUAAAUGGUUUGCAUAUAGGGCCACACACAAGCCGACUGGGAAUGAUGCCUUUGAUGAAGUAAAUGGUUGAAUGGGACGGUGUUGGUGUUUUUGGCACACAUUGAAGACACUCUGAGAGGCACAGUACAUUUACUAAAGGAACUUUAUUGUGAUGAAUGUGGAUUGCAAA